UUGUGAAUGUGAAAAGGAAAUUAAUUUUGUUCAAAUGACAAAAAGUGGUUAGUCAAAAUAAUUUGAUCUCGAAACAUCCUUACAUGCUAAGAAACCUGUCUUGCUAACAAAGUCAUAACUCGUAAUAACUCGAACGGGUCCACCCAUUCAACUCGCUUGUGGUGGAGCAGGUGCAUAUAAACAUCGAUCUUCAUAAAUUCAUCUCUCACGAAAACAAAUCAGAAAAUCGGAGACUUUUAGCUCAGAGUUAUUUUUUCACCAUGUCGGUGCUCGAUUCAAUCUUCAAACAGCGCUUCAACGCUGCCAAAUGUAAAACUUUGCUAAAACUCACAAUCCCGCGGAUUAAGUUGCUGCGGAAUCGAAGAGAGAUGCAGCUAAGGCAGAUGCGUAGAGAAAUUGCCAAGCUACUUGAAACUGGUCAAGAAGCCACUGCUCGAAUUCGGGUAGAGCAUAUCAUACGAGAAGAGAAGAUGAUGGCUGCACAAGAAAUAGUUGAGCUCUUUUGCGAACUCGUUGUUGUCCGCCUUCCGAUCAUUGAAAUACAAAGGGAAUGCCCUCUCGACUUAAAGGAGGCAAUUUCCAGUAUAUGCUUUGCGGCACCAAGGUGUGCCGAUCUGCCAGAGUUGAUACAGGCACAAAUGCUGUUUGCUGGUAAAUACAGUAAAGAAUUCGUCAUCGCUGCGACUGAGCUUAUGCCUGAAUCUGGUGUCAAUCGCCAGUUGAUCGAGCUUUUAUCCAUUCGAGCCCCUGCACCUGAUGUAAAACUUAAGCUACUAAAGGAAAUUGCUUUAGAGCAUGAACUCGAGUGGGACCCGACUGCUACAGAAAGUGAAUUGUUGAAGCCACAUGAAGACUUACUCAAUGGGCCAUCUCAAUUUGUUAGUGGUUCGAAUCUGGAUGAGCCGACAUUCUCUACAUCAGAACGUGGUGGCACUCAUGAUGAAAAAGACAACAACACUGCUGCUUCUGAUGCAGAUUACGACAUCAUCGAUUUCCAAGAAAUCCCGAAGCAGCCGUUAUUGCAACAGUCAACAACAAAUAGAGGCACUGCUUCAGCACCAGAAAUGAUGCAUUUUCCUUCUUCUGCUCUAUCCGAAAUUGACGAUGAAGAAGAAGAAGAAGAACAAGAACCGAAGAAUUUCUCACACUUGGAGCCUGAAGAUAACUUGCAGGAGAAGAAACCAUUUCAUAAAGAAGAAGAGAAGCAGUUUGUGCCAUUCAUAUCCAGCCCAUCACUUCAUCCAGUGAAAGAGCAAAACCGACACCCCGCAGUCUUAAAGACCAGAAACGAAGACAUGGAUUUACAAGAUGUACUGGCUGCUGCUCAAGCAGCUGCUGACUCAGCAGAACGGGCCGCAGCGAGCGCCAGGGCAGCAGCGAGCCUUACCCAGCUUCGAAUCAGCGAGCUUGUCAAGAAAAGGAACGACGAUUUCGAUAAACAGAACUCGGUUAGUGAUUGUGACGGUGCUUCGACUUCUCCGAAGCACAACGGUACGCAUUACGAUCCACCAUUGGCUGUCGAACCCUCUUGCCCAGGCAACAACAAUUUACUUGGUCAGGGUGUAGACAAUCACCAACCUCCGAGAUCGCCUCCGAUUGAUGAUGAGUCGUAUUUUUCGUACCCAAACUUAUUCACGUCUUCUCAAGGCUCGAAUCUGGAUAAUCAUGCACAAUCUCCUACAGAUUCCAAGUGAGCAAGUAAAUGUACUCUUUUCUUAAAGUUUGGUUAUCGCUGUACACCUCUCUGUAUUUGUGUGUUCUUUGGUUUUGAGGUGAAUUUGAUUGAGUUUUCGGCUUUU